AUUAGUCUGAGUGAGACUAGCUGGCGUCGGGCAAACAUUUAAAAUGCUACUUUCCGACGAUCGACGAAACACUUGGAUAACUUUGAGCGCACGCCUGACCGCUUCACCGCUUUUCCUUUGGCUUAUUUCACGCACGGUUCGUAAGUUGCACUCAAAUUCCUACAAGAUCUCGGAGUAGGGGGCCAUUCAAAGCACACAGGAGAGAACAAGAAAAAAACGGAGGUAUUGGCUAACCGGUUUAAAUAAAUCUUGGACGGAUCAUUGAAGAAGCUGUUGAGAAUGGAACAAAAAGCGGAGAUGGCACUUGUGUUUAGUGCACUGCUUCUGCUUUCGCCGCAUCUUCCUGAGGCUAAAUCGAUCAACGAGCUUCACUCGAAUUCGGUGGACGAUCAAGCAAACAGGCGACUGACACAUCGCCUACCGAUCAUCCCUGAGAAAGAGGGCGAAACCAAGCACAUCAAAGCACCAGAGACAGCUGAAAUCACAGAAAACCCAGGAAAAUAUCUGCCCCUUAAGGGUGGCUCCACUAUUAUGAGCCUUAAACUUAAGAGAAACGACCUCCGCGGGGACUGGUGUAAGUUGAGGCCGGUGCUACAAAAGCUUCAUCAUCCAGGGUGCAACUCGAGCUUUAUCAUGAACAACAUGUGCUACGGACAGUGCAUGUCGUUUUUUAUCCCAAGACAUUUUACUUCGUGCGCGUUCUGCACGCCUGUGUCCAAGAACGUCGUCAGCGUGCACCUCAAGUGCGCCGGGGAUUUAAAAGUGGUAAAAAAAGUGAGCAUUAUUCAAUCUUGCAGCUGUCGACCCUGCGGAAAUCAGUAUAUAUAGCUUAUAACGGAUAACUGCACUCACAAGACCCGUAGACUAAAGUUUGGAGUGCAAAAGUGUAAUUCAGACGGGAACUGCAAGAAGAUCGGCACCUAACAAAACUGUAGGAAAAGAAUAAGCUAUAAAGCGUACUCAAUUACAAUUAUUCAAGAAAACAACCCCAGGGACAGAUAAAGGGACGAGAACGUGUUUCAAGAGAAAACAGUCUGAAACUAGACUGAUAAGGCCACUAGACCGGGGCCAGUGUUCAUGUGGCGACGAGGUCGCUCGACAUGGUCUACGGUCAGCAAGUCUCGUUUGGUAAAGGAACUUAACGCCCAUUCUGGCAUCGCGCCUAGCGCUUAUGCAAAGCACUGCUCACUAAAGCAAUAGACAAUUAGUUACUUGCUCGCUUUAAUUGUUGAAAUUAGAGCAGAUUUGAAUUUUAGAUUGCGCCCGGAGUGGCGUUUAUAUAACGGCCUUCUUAUCAGUAAAAAGCUCAGGUAAUUGAGCAAUAUAUAUAUAUAUACAUAUACUUCUCGGUCGAUAAAAAUGUAAUAUAUACCUAUUUAGUUUAAAAUAAAAUAUAUCUAUAUUAAAGUAGUUGAAACGUA